GCUCAUCAGUCUCCUGAGCUCUGAUUGGUUACCAGUCAAGGGCAAGGGCCCCACGUUUCUUGGGAUCUGUUUCCAGGGCGCAGAGGUUGGAAUGCUGAACCCAGGGCUUCCCGCUGCGCUGGCCCUGCUGCCCACAGGCACAAUGUGGACAUUGUCAGUUUAGGAUAUGGGAAUUAGCCAGUGCUUACAGCAUGUCGUGGAGGAUGUUGACAGGACACCAGCUCUGCAGACUGUGUCUUCUCAGAAAGCCACAACCAGCUCUGAAAACCAAACAUUCAGCAUACGUCACCUAUGAAACGGACAGCCAGGCAAACAAAGAAAGCAAGAGAACAGUGGGAAGGCUCCAUGCAUGUUCGGUUGACAUCAGGAAGAUCCGCAGACUGAAAGCGUGGGUACUUCUGGAGGAUAACACCUAUGUUGAAGAAAUUGCAAAUAUUCUUAAAGAACUCGGUGCCAACAAAACUGUGAUAGCCAGUAUUUUAGAGCGCUGCCCAGAAGCGAUUGUCUGCAGUCCUGCUGCUGUCAAUGGCAAAAAGAAACUCUGGCAGAUGGUCUGCAAAAACGAGGCAGAGCUAAUCCGGUUAAUAGAGCAGUUUCCAGAACCUUUCUUUACCGUCAAGGACCAGGAGAACCAGAAGCUGAACGUCCAGUUCUUUCAAGAGCUGGGACUCAAGAAUGUGGUGAUUAGCAGGUUUCUGACGACUGCCUCUAGCAUUUUCCAUAAUCCUGUAGAGAACAACCGGCGAAUGAUUGGGGUUCUCCAGGAGAGCUACCUAAACUUCGGCGGCUCUCAGGCCAAUGCUAAAGUGUGGUUACUAAAGUUACUGAGCCAAAAUCCAUUCAUUCUGUUAAGUUCUCCCACAGCUGUAGCCCAGGUACUACAGUUUCUUCAAGGGCAAGGCUUCACAAACUCUGAAGUUCUGCAGCUUCUGUCCAAACUUAAAGGGUUUCUUUUUCAACUCCAGCCAGGAAGCAUCCAGAGCAGUAUGUCCUUCACUAAGGCCACUUUCGAGUGCACAGACCAUGACCUGCGACAGUUGGUUGUGAACUGCCCUGCACUACUGUGUUACCCUGCCACAGUUCUAGAAGAGAGGAUCCAGGCACUACUGAAGGAAGGAAUCACUGUGACUCAAAUAAGAGAGUCACCAAUGGUCCUUGAGUUGACGCCACAGAUCAUCCAAUACAGGAUGAGGAAGCUGAAUUCUUUAGGCUACAGAAUAAAGGAUGGGCAUCUAGCAAGUCUAAAUGGAACAAAAAAGGAAUUUGAGGCUAACUUUAGCAAAAUGCAAGCCAAGCAAGGUAGGCCGCUGUUUAACCCUGUGGCAUCAUUACAUGUGGAAGAGUGACAUGGAGCUUAGUUGUAGCAGGCAGUGAGUGACCAAUUCACAAAGACUAAACAACUCCUCAUAAGUGACGGCCUCUGACUCAUUUGCUGUGUUUUAAAAUAUUAUAAACUGUGCUUAAAUAAAAUUAGUAACUUUGACCUUGAACUAUUACUCCAAAACACCAUAAAAUGUGAAAAUUCACAUGGAUCAUUUUGAAGGAAAUGACAAGAACACACUUUUGAUGGGAGCACAUGAACAAUUUUGUUCUUACGCUGCUACCAAAGUGUAAUUCCGCCGGGCGGUGGUGGCGCACGCCUUUAAUCCCAGCACUCGGGAGGCUGAGGCAGGCAGAUCUCUGUGAGUUCGAGGCUGGGCUGGACUGACAGCCUCCAAAACAAUACAGAGAAACCCUGUCUCAUAAAAAACCAAAAAAAAAAAAAACCAACAAAACAAAACCAAAGUGUAAUUCCUCACCACCAGCCCUCAAUCACUAACAAGUCAAUGACACAUUCCUUUGAGGACUGGCUUCACCUUGUGUAUGGAAUGAGUGUCUUUGACAAGUGUUACUUGGGUUAGUUAAAAGUGUUAAAAGGGUUAGUUAAGAGCCUACUUCCAUGAUCGAUUUGACAUCUCUAAGACACACACAUUCACUACGAAUCUCAUUUUAUCACAGACACCAGUUGUAUUAAGAUCUGAAUUCUCUUUGGCCUCAGGAAUAGAAGAUUCCCACCUUUGCCUGUACAGCAAAAGGAAGGAAUGCAAACAGAUUCCAGGAGCGGGCAAGGGUAUGGAAGCUGAAAUUUCAAACUUAACUCAUGCAAUUGAAAUGAAUGCAAUUUCCUAGAAAGCCUGAAAGUAGACUUCAUGUGAUACUACUUUUAGUUGUAGCAUUCCCACUCCAUUUCUAAAUCUUGCCCCAAGAUAAGCAUUACCCAGUUAAAGACUGGCUUUCAGCUGUACCAUUUCUAACAGCUGUAAUACUCAUUGGCUGUAAUGCACAACCAGCUGACUGCAGCUUGCACAGCUUCUGAGAUAUAAUGAAUCCGAGUGGCCAGUGUCCUUUUCCAUUCUCUUAUUAAAGGCACGUAUCUAUCACUGUC